GCGCCAUCGGAGCUCUCGCUCACACCACGUGGUGGGGGCUGCUGAGCGACCGCGCAGGCGUAUGUUUGCCGCCUGCCCGUGCUACAUUUUAUUUAGUUUGUAACCGUUCGCUCGCCGUCGCGCGCGCAUUAUAUUCGAUCGAUCUCAUACCAUACGCUGUUUAUCAGCAGUGUUUUGAUUACAAAAGUUCAACAGAUGUGUGACAAAGUGUUAAGACUUCUGAAAGCUUGUCGGCGCUCCGGCGCCACCCAGCUCUGGCAUGGGAGGGCGCAAAAUGUUUAAGGCAGCAGCUGUGCUGAUUGCUUUAGGCUACUGCAGUUUGUUGGUUUACCAAGGUGGAGUUAGUUUCAACUCCCAAGAAAAUCGACCUGGAACAGUGCAAGUGUCUGAUCUCUCGAUCGAACCAGUGACUAAAACAAGCAUAGAUGAUAGUGUACAAAACAAAAACAUAACUUUAGACGAUAUUUUUAUAAGUGUUAAAACAACAAAACAUUACCAAUAUACAAGACUACCGAUUAUAUUGAAGACAUGGUUCCAAUUAGCGAAGAAACAGAUCUGGUUUUUCACAGACAUCGAGAACCGGCAACACCAAAAUCAAACCAAUGGCCAUAUGGUGAACACAAACUGUUCUGCAUCCCACCAACGAAAACAUCUCUGUUGCAAAAUGUCCGUAGAAUACGACCACUUCUUGGAAAGCGGCAAAAAGUGGUUUUGCCACUUCGAUGACGACAACUAUGUGAACAUUCCCCGGUUGGUCGUUGCGCUGCAGAAAUAUAAUCAUCAGGAAGAUUGGUAUCUCGGCAGAACAUCGGUGAAUGAACCGGUCCAGAUUUAUAAGAAGCCAACUAAUGAGUUGAUGUUCUCAUUUUGGUUCGCCACUGGCGGCGCCGGGUUUUGCAUAAGCAGAAGUUUGGCGUUGAAAAUGUUACCUGUUGCGAGCGGUGGCAGAUUCAUCAGCAUCUGCGAGAAGAUCCGACUGCCAGAUGACGUCUCCAUGGGCUUCAUAAUCGAGCACCUGAUGAAGAAGAAUUUAACUCUAGUGAACGAGUUCCAUUCCCACUUAGAACAGAUGAAGCUUCUUCCCCCGGAAUCGUUCCGGGAGCAGAUUUCAUUCAGCUACGCGAAAGCGAAAGACGAGUGGAACGUCGUCGACGUGCCUGGAUUCGAUACCCGAUACGAUCCUAGUCGAUUCCUAUCGCUGCAUUGUUUUCUGUUCCCCCAGUUCAAGUUCUGUCCAAGAUAGCGAAGAACCUCUCAGCAAGAAACUAAGUGAUUAAGUUAUCAAUUUGGUGGCCAUUUCACUGUUCAUAAACUUCUAUGAAACCAUUAAUGAAUUAAGAGUGAGGGAUAGAAAUCAAAAUUCAAUAAAUAUUAAAGCAC